UCCUGGGAACACCCUGAGACCAACGUGGCGUCGCCACUAAUGUAGUUGAUGUGAAGUGAUUAGUAGUCCUAGGCUCCUAACCACUACUAACCACAAGUUACAGAAGAUUUUUUUAAGUGCUUGCUACUUGGAAGAAGCUUAAUUAACCGCCUUUUCUAUGCUAUGUAGUUGAUGUGAAGUGAGCGAUGAAAAUCAUUAUUUCAAGAAUAAGUCAAUGAAGUAACAAUAAUUCAUUAUCCACCCAACUAAUGAUAGUUGCAUGUAUGGUUUAGUAAAUUUCCAAACGCAACAAUGAAGGGAGUCGGCUUUUGAGGGAGAUAUCACUUGUGUCCAUUCAAACAGUGCAAUGUGCCGUGUAUAUCUCAUUUUGGCUGAUGCAUGACUAUAAACGUCAAAGCCAUCUAGAUGCUCAUUUCAGCUAAUAAUUGCUGUGUUCUUGUUUAGAUACUCUUUCUGAUUGUUACCCUUUGAACAACAUAAAUUCUCAUUUUCUAAAAUGAUAGUACUCCAUAAUAAGUUCACUAGAGUAACUUUUACUUCUCUUUCUUUCUCAAAAAGGAUUCAUUUUUAUUUGGAAUAGCAUUAAUUACUAUGGAGCUUUCAUUGGUAUUGCAUGCUUUCUUUGUAUUUCAUAUGUGCUGUCCAAUUCUAGUGGCAACAUGUGAUACCAUAUCUCUAAAAGGAAGUACUGAAUCAUCUCAAUUCCCAAGCAACUUCCUCUUUGGAACAGCUUCUUCUUCUUAUCAGUUUGAAGGAGCUUUCUUGAGCUAUGGUAAAGGACUUAAUAACUGGGAUGUUUUCACUCAUAUGCCUGGUAAAAUCAUGGAUGGGAGUAAUGGAGAUAUUGCUGUUGACCAGUACCAUCGAUAUCCAGAGGAUCUAUAUCUCAUGGAUCUUAUGGGAGUCAACAGCUACCGUUUCUCCAUAUCAUGGGCAAGAAUUCUACCCGAGGGAAGAUUUGGAAAAGUGAAUAGAGCUGGCAUUGAUCAUUAUAACAACUUCAUAAACGCUCUUCUGCAUAAAGGGAUCCAACCCUUCGUGACAUUGACUCAUUAUGACAUUCCUCAGGAGCUUGAAGGCAAAAAUGGAGCUUGGCUGAGUUCCAAAGCGCAGGAGGAUUUCAAAUAUUAUGCAGAUAUAUGUUUUAGAUUCUUUGGGGACCGAGUCAAGUACUGGUCCACUUUAAAUGAGCCCAAUGUAGUAGCGAUUCGCGGUUACAGGACAGGUAUUUACCCACCAUGUCACUGCUCCUGGCCAUUUGGGAAUUGUAGCGGUGGGGAUUCAGAGAAAGAGCCUUUUGUUGUGGCUCAUAACAUGAUCCUAUCCCACGCUGCUGUUGUCGGUAUUUAUAGAACCAAAUACCAGAAAAAACAAGGAGGUAGCAUUGGAAUUGUUAUGAAUGCUAUGUGGCUUGAACCUAUUAGUGACUCCUGGGAAGAUAAGUUAGCAGCUGAGAGGGCUCAAUCUUUCUACAUGAACUGGUUCUUAGACCCAAUUAUACGUGGGAAAUAUCCAAUAGAGAUGCAAGAAAUUCUUCAAUCGGACUUGCCUACGUUUUCAAAACAUGAUUUGGAGAUGCUGAAGAAUAAAUUAGACUUCAUUGGCAUCAAUCACUACACCAGCUUCUAUAUAAAAGACUGUAUAUUUUCUCCGUGUGAACCAGGACCGGGAGCUUCGAGAACAGAAGGUUUUGCUUUACGAACAGCUAAAAAGAACAACAUCUUCAUUGGAGAGCCGACGGCAUGUGACUGGCUAUUUGUUUAUCCUCAAGGAAUGGAAAAGAUGGUGACAUAUAUAAAAGAGAGAUAUAACAACAUUCCAUUGUUUAUAACAGAAAAUGCGUACCUAAUAGGGUUUUGUGAGAAGGAGAAUCCCCAUUCCACCAUGGAAAAUUCAAUUCAUGAUAUCAAGAGAGUGGAGUACAUGAACAGCUACUUAGAUGCCCUAGCAACAGCAAUGAGGAAAGGAGCAGAUGUGAGAGGGUAUUUUGCAUGGUCCUUGCUUGACAACUUUGAGUGGCUAGAUGGAUAUAGCACUAGGUUUGGGCUUCAUUAUGUUGAUUAUGCCACUCUCAAGAGAACUAGAAGACUAUCAGCGACUUGGUACAAAGAUUUCAUUGCUAACCAUAAGGCACACAAUUUUAGUGCUGAUGGGGCACCUCAAGAGCAACUACUUACAAGAAAUUAAAGCUGAACGCCACCUCAAACAAGCUGUGACAGAAUUUUGUCUCUGACAUUAGUCUGUCUGUAUUGCUUGCCUAUUCCUUUCUGGUGCAAUUGCUAUAACUUCGGUGCUUGCUAGUUUGUAAAUUUUCUGCUUUAAGUGAACCUUGCAUGUACAAGCAAUGUGUAAAUAUCUUAAUAUAUUUCUAUUCCAUCACG